GUACCACCUCUGGGCGCUUUUCGCGCAGUACCGUCUUCCACAAUACUGAGCUGGACCCUCACACCACAAGUACUGCAAAGUUGUGGCGAAGUGCUACAAAACUUGUGUUCCUCUUCAUUUUGAUAGUCAGCGAUCCUACUCGAUUCUUGGAGAUUUAUCUUGUCGUCUUGCCACUCGAAGACUGUGGUACUUCGUUCACUAGAUCUGACUUCUGCUUCUUUUUAAAUCUCUGUGAAAAUAUGUAAAGACACCUGGUGCUUCCACAGGUGGACGCACGUGUCCAAGGUUCAUCAACUCGCAUUCUUUGUUUUGUUAUUUUUCUAAGGACAUGAUUCCACCGCCGAAUAUGAUGCAGGACGACAGUAGUGGCAAAGAAAACAAACGCGAAACCUACGAUCUUCCACAGUCUCCUACGUCCAACAAUAAUCAAGAAUCAAAGCUCCAGAGACUGAAGCGAUCGCUGUCCUUCAAAACCAAGAGCCUUCGCAGCAAGAGCGCCGACAACUUCUUCCUGAGGACCAGCGGCGACAUGAAGUUCGGGUCGGAUCUUUGCUCAGACGUCAGCAACAGCACGGGCCAGCUGAGCGCCUGUGGGGUCACCCCUGCCAUCCCCGCGCUGGCCCCCUGCCCAACCAUGCCCACUUUCAUGCCAUGCCUGGCCCCUAUUGCCAUCUGCCCACCCAUGUUCACUGCUUCGCAGCCGAUGGUGAGCCCCACUGGACACAUCUUCAUUGAGUACAUCUUCAAGAAGCCCACUUUCUGUGACAUUUGCAACCACAUGAUUGUAGGCACCACUGCCAAAUAUGGCCUACGCUGCAAAGCCUGCAAGAUGAGCAUCCACCACAAAUGUGUGCAUGGUGUUGGAACGCAGAGAUGCGUGGGGAAACUGCCAAAGGGCUUCCGGCGCUACAACAGCUCCCCUCUCCUCGUGGAGCAGUUUGGCUGCAUCAAAGAGGUGAUGCCCAUCGCCUGUGGCAGUAAAGUGGACCCGGUGUACGAGGCUCUGCGCUUCGGGACGUCCCUGGCCCAGAGAGCCAAGAGGACCAGCGGUUCGGAAUCCCCACAGACACACUCAAGCAGCGGAGACCUGGCUCAGGUACCGGAGGAGGCGGCCGCCCGCAGCAGCAGAGCGGAGUUCACCAGGAAACACAGUGACAACGUAUUCACAGCCCUGGAAAAUGGAACAGAGCCUUUCCACAUGGCUGCCCGGAAGAACAACAGUUCACCGGUGAGGACACAGCAGCGUCAGGACCUCCUGCAGCUCAACACCUAUGUGGCCUUGUUCAGAUUCACUCCACAGGAUGGGGACGACUUGGACAUGAGACCUGGGGACAGGAUUGUGCUGGCCGAUGACUCCAACGAUGAUUGGUGGAAGGGAGUGAUUGAAGACAGAAUAGGAUUCUUCCCAGCAUCCUUUGCUCAGCAAGUGAGGGCGGGAGAUCAUGUGUUCAGGUGUUCUCGGACGUUCAUCGGCUGCAAAGAACAAGGCCAGAUCACUCUGAAGGAGGGACAGAUUUGUGUGGGCGGUGAAGAUGAGCACAGCGGCUUCAUCCGAGUGACCAGUGGGAAAAAGAGAGGCUUUGUUCCCUGCGAUGUCCUGGAGAACAUCUGAAGGACAGAGAGAGAGAGAGAGAGAGAAGGGGAGAGGGAGAGCCACUAUGUGUGUAGGAGAGAGUGAUAAAAAGUGAUAGAGGUAGAGAGAGAGAAGAGCGAAAGAGCAGCACUUGAGCUUGAUGGUACGUUGAUGACUCCUCUGAACAAUUCAUGGAACAGGUCUCAAAUGGUAAAUCCACAGAGUUUCUGCUAGCCCAUUGUAGGAAAUCAGGUGAGGUUACAGGAGCAGAGAGGGAGUAACUGGUGAAACAACUGGAGUGUAAAUGGACAGUGUGUCCCUUGUGCUGCUACAUGUUAGCACUAGCAUUGUUUUUGUUAGUUGCUUUGUUUAUUUUUUGGUUUGAGGAAAAAAUACCAUUUUGUGUGUGUUCUUUAACAAAGUCCACGGAGGGAAGAUGACUAUUGAUCCCCAUUGUGUGUCAGGGAUGGACUCCGUCUGGUACUUCAUCUCCAUUGUUUGAAGCAGAUGGGAGGGAACUGUGGAUGCUUGUUUACAGAACUGCUUGCGCCACUCCCUGAAAAUAGCACUUGCUCCACAACACAGAACACUCGGGCGGAUGUAUGCACGUUAGAGAGCGCAGCAUUAAAGGCGACUUGGCCAGUCCACAGAAAGCGCAAGCUGUGCCUUUUUAGUUCACGAUGAAUGUAUUAAACACGUGGCCGAUCGCGUAAUCAACAUGUCACCGCCCUCUAACCAUAAUUUGUGACACCUACACCUGCAACUGAACGGUGGCAUUCAGUCACAGGCGCAGUUGGAUGGAAUCAUGGAACCGCCGAGCGACAUUAAAAAGAAUCAAGAGUGUAGCGAACAUGAAAUAGAUAAGCUAAAGGUUUGUCAAAGGCGGAACAUUUUCAUCCCAAAAUAGACGUGCGCUGUCCCCAGCAGUUUUCAUACAUACAACAGAAAUAAGUAAUCAGUCACUACUUCUCCCAUAAUCUUCAAGAAAACUCCCACUUUCCCCAUGACCCGUCCACAAAUGCAUAUGCAUAAGUCAAAAGAGCGCAACUUGGCAUUCUGCGCUCUUGUAGCAGUCAAAAUGUGGCUUAAGUCAUGUGUACAGUCUGUUUGUUCAGUCUGCUUGUACAUACUAUGCCAUUUUUUAGGCACACAUUGUGACGAAAUUACACCUAAAAACGUGUUAAUACAUUUGGAUAUCUUGACCUCCUGUGAAGGUUAAAGGCAGGGUGCUCCAAAGUACAGAGUCUUUAUGUCUUGUUUCUUUUAGCCACAGUUCCUCUACAGCAGAUUCUGAGUUCUCCUCCUGGGAACCUGCAGUGAAUGUUUCAGGCCUCUCCCUGCCCUUGAUUAGUUGAAUACACUCGAGCCAGCUUAUUAAGGGCAUCAUAAUUAUCUUACGAGUUCAAUCAGUUCGACGGAAGCAGGAGAGAGCUCUAAAACGUGGAGUGCUGGGGAGUUUCUCAGCCGCGUGAGUGAGAGUCGUUGCACUGAAAGAGGUGUUCACCACCACGUUUCAUCCCAGCAUGCUGUCUCUAACGGCUCUGUUGUCUACGUGACGGAGUAGAAAGCCAAACCUAAAAAAAGACUGCACACAUAUCAUGGGAACGAAUGUUCUGAGAGGAUGUUUUCAAAGGACUAACUAGGGGGAUUUGUUUCAAAUAAUGACAAAACAAAAAAAAUCAGACAGUUGAAGUCACAUACAGUCAAGCACGGAAGAUAAAUGAGAAAUGUUUAAAAACACAUAAGGGACAUGAGGCAACACCACGAAAUUUGCCGUGUUUUGGCACUCCGAUAUCCAGCUGUGCAGACAUGUGUAGCAUGGCGCACCCUCUAAUCACUUCUGAUGUUUUGUCUUAAGCUGUCAGAGGGAUGUGAGUUAUUACUCUGUGACUGAAGGCACCGAACGAACCUUCAGGUUUUGCCUCAAGUAAAUGUUUUUAAUUUGAAUUUCAACACACACUCGGUAAAUGACAAGCAAGUGUGUCUCUCUUCUGAUGCAACAGCCAUGUAGUAUGUAUUACCCUAAUAUUUGUACUCAUUCGAUGCUGCCUCAUGCCCAUGACAUUACGUUUCAAUAGUAGCCUGAUUGCUUUGGUAAGGGUCUGUUUGGCACAGGAGAAUUAUAAUGAAUAAUAAAUGAAAACAUUAAAGUACCCACCUACUGGCAGUAAUGAAACUGCUAUGGGAGCCUGUCUUUUUAAAGUACAUUUAGUUUUUUUAAUACACAGUAUUUAUUUGCAAUGUGCUCCUUGUUUUUUUUUUGUCAUCCCAGUUCACAGUCUGUCAUUGUAGAUUACUUAAAAUGAGAGAUGCCGUGGCUGGGUAGGUUAGUUUCUGAUUCAAGCACUCAGACAGAGUUUAUUAAGAGGCCUGUGUUGCAGUGAGACUGUAAAUAAUGUAUGCACAAAAUUAAAGUCUUAUUUAUUGAA